AUGCAUCCAGACCUGUCACCCCACCUUCACACUGACGAGUGCAAUGUGAUUAUCAAUAUGCUGAAGCGGUGCCACCUUGAGAACAAAUUUUUGAAAUUUUUUGGACAGUGCAAUGAUAUAGACCGAGAGAUGAGAGGGUGCCUUAAGAAAGAGGUGAGGUCAACAACUUGUACUAAGGAAAUUUUUACAAAAUGUUUGCAUUUGUUAUAG